AUGUCGUCAAAACAGCACCAGAAGCACCCCAAGUUCGGCCACCUCCCGCUGUCAACUUCAGGGCCGCAGGAAACGACCUUGACGGGCAAUGCGCUCCUUCGAACCCCCUACUUCAACAAGGGCUCUGCCUUCACCAAGGAAGAACGCGAGACCUUCAAGCUCCAUGGCCUUCUGCCCGCAAACGUCCAGACGCUGGAGGAACAGGUCAAGCGCGCUUACGCCCAGUACACCUCGCGGGACAACGAUCUCGCGAAGAAUACCUUCAUGACGAGCAUGAAGGAGCAGAAUGAGGUGCUAUACUACAAGCUCAUCCUCGAACAUCUCAAGGAGAUGUUCUCUGUCAUCUAUACCCCGACCGAAGGCGACGCGAUAGCGAACUACUCGGGAAUAUUCCGGCGACCAGAAGGGUGCUAUCUGAAUAUCAAGGACAUGGAACGCGUGGAGGAUGACAUUGAUCAGUUUGGAGGCCCGCACGACAUUGACCUAAUCGUGGUCAGCGAUGGAGAGCAAAUCCUGGGCAUAGGGGACCAGGGCGUCGGCGCCAUUCUUAUAAGCGUUGCGAAGCUUGUCAUUUACACGCUUUGUGCUGGCAUCCAUCCCUCGCGGACGCUGCCUGUGGUGCUUGACUGCGGCACAAACAACGAGGAGCUUCUCAACGACGAGCUCUAUCUCGGCUUGAGGCAACCACGGGCGCGAGGCGAGAAAUACGACGAGUUCGUGGACAAAUUCGUCCAAGCCUGUAGAAAACGGUACCCAAAGGCCUACAUCCACUUCGAAGAUUUCGGCCUGAAUAACGCCCGACGCAUCCUUGAAAAGUACACACCGAAAAUCGCGUGCUUCAAUGACGACGUGCAGGGAACUGGCGCCGUCACCUUGGCCGCUAUAAUGGCUGCAUUCAAGGCCAGCGGCACGAAAUGGGACGAUGCACGGUUCGUUAUGUUUGGCUCAGGGACCGCCGGUACUGGGAUUGCGGACCAAGUCAAGGACGCGAUGGCCCAAGAGACCGGCAAAUCGAAGGAGGAUGCUGGGCGCCAAAUCUGGUGUGUGGACAAGCCUGGUCUUUUGCUGGAGUCGAAGAAAGACAAGCUUACUCCAGCACAAAUUCAGUAUGCUCGUAAUGACAAAGAGUGGGAAGGGAAGCAGCAUGACGAUCUGCUCUCCGUAGUCAAGGAGGUCAAGCCACACGUACUGAUCGGAACCUCCACAGUCCCUGGGUCCUUUACCGAGGAAAUCGUUCGGGAAAUGGCGAAGCACGUGGAGCGACCCGUCAUCUUUCCACUGUCAAACCCCACUCGACUUCACGAAGCGAAGCCGCAAGACCUGUUCGAUUGGACUGAUGGCAAAGCGCUAGUAGCUACCGGCUCGCCCUUCCCUCCGGUGAAGUAUAACGGGAAAGAGUACGAUAUUUCUGAGUGCAAUAAUUCGGUAACGUUCCCGGGGAUCGGGCUUGGUGCCGUCCUCAGUCGGACAAAGCUCCUCCCACCGUCCCUUAUCGUCGCUGCCGUCCGAGCGCUGGCAUCGACUGCACCCAUCCUCAAGGGAACCGGCGCUGGCCUUCUGCCUGACGUAACAGAAGUGCGCGAAAUCAGCGUCCAUAUCGCCAAGAAUGUCAUCCAGCAAGCGAUCAAAGAAGAUCUAGCCCAAGAGCAGGAUAUCCCAACCGACGAUGACGAUUUGGAAGAAUGGAUCCGCGAGCAGAUGUGGGAUCCUGAGUACCGCCCACUGAAGCUCGUUGAGGAAGAGGGUGCAACAGCGCAUGCGAAGGGCGAGGCAGGUACUAGCUCCCAGCACAGGAAGGCGAGCUUCAACUACACGGCGAGACUAUGAAUGGGUUUAGAGUGUGCAGCGAUAUCACAUCUUAAGGGUACAAUACCACCCCUUGGCGUGUGGUGCGCUAGUCACGGUGUGGCCUAGUCUUGAGCCAACUUCCGACGGAGUCCCAUCACGUCCGUUGUUCGUUCAACAAUCUGGCUCCGUGGAAAUUCGUGAUCUGAAAUUUUCACCCUACCAGCGGCCGCCCUGCAGGAUGUGAGAUAGUGCCCCUUGGUGCGCUUGCGGCCAGGGGCUAGUACUUACCACAAAUAUAUGUUUACCUAGUACAUCUGGUUACCGCCGUACCGAAAAACUAUC